GUAAUAGCUCGUCGAUGCAAAAACCACAGAUUCUCCUCUUCUUUUACCUCGUAUUGUUUCUUAUUAGACUACCUUAAUUCAAUAAUGGCAUCUAGAUUUACACGCUUGGCUAUUGCUGCCCCCAAGUGGACCCGUGCUUAUGCUGCUGCUAAUGCUGCCCCCAUUAAGGCGCCUAUCACUCUCUUUGGUAUCGGCGGUCGUUAUGCUACAUCUCUUUACACUGCCGCUGUUCGUCAAAAUGUUUUAGAAUCAGUCGAAAAGGACUUGAACACUCUUGCUCAGGCUGUCGAAAAAGAUGCUACUUUGAAAGCAUUUUUAGAAAACCCCACCAUCAAUCGUAACCAAAAGAUGGAUGGCAUUUUAUCUGUCUUGAAAAAGUCCGGCAAGCCUAAUCAAAUCACUCAGAACUUCUUUGAAGCUUUAGCUGAGAACGGUCGUUUGGAUCACACUUCUAAGGUGACUGAAGCCUUUGCUCAAUUGAUGAGUGCUCAUCGUAAUGAAUUGCCUCUUGUUAUCACUUCCGCCAAGGCUUUGGAUAAGGCUAACUUGAACAAGGUUGUUGAAUCGCUUCAAAAAUCUAACCUUGCUCAAGGUAAGAAACUCAUUGUUUCUAAUAAGGUCAAGCCUGAUAUUCUUGGUGGAAUUAUGGUUGAAAUUGGUGAUAAAAGCAUUGAUUUGACUGUAUCUUCCAAGCUCGCCAAGUUGAGCAAGCUGGUCACUGAUUCCGUUUAAGAUGAAUUUCAAAUGUAUAAAAAAGAUAUUUGGAUACGUAUAACCUCUCACUUCCUCUAUAUUUAAGUUUCUUUUUAUAAUAAAUGUGUUGACAAAGAAGAAAAUAGAUGAACUGUCCAAGGGCCA